ACGGUAAGUCUGCAGUGGCGUUGAUUCUGUCCUAAACUCGGUUUCAUCGAGGAAUCUAAGGUUUUUUUGAGGGAGCACAAGCCAAAUCCAACUCAAACUUGUGCAGCUCUGCUGUCAAUCAGCGCCGGUCGGUCACGAGUGUCGUUACGUCUGACUGCUUCUCUGUAGUAACUGAUGAACCGUUACCGGCGCUCCCCGUGAUUCUCCAUCAUCUCCAUCAUGUCAGAUCAGCCCUCAUCUCCUCCAGCCGGACACAAACCCGCUCUCCGGGCGCCGGGGUCCUCUCAGAGCCGCUUCCAGGUGGACCCGGUGGCGGAGGCGGCGGCGGCGGCGGGCGUCGCUCCUAAAACUCCGCCGGGAUCUCGCUCCUCCACCGGUGAGGAGUCCAAGGGCCGGUUCCGGGUGGUGAACUUCUUAAGCCCGUCUGACGCCGCGCCUGACGCGGGUGUGAACGGAGACACGGUGCGGAGCGAGGCGAGUCUGCAUUCGUCCACCGGAGGUCUCAGCCACUUCUCGGACACGCACUCCAGCACGUAUUACCUGCGGACCUUCGGGCACAACACCAUCGACGCGGUGCCCAACAUCGACUUCUACCGGCAGACGGAAGCUCCGCUCGGGGAGAAGCUCCUGCGCCCGUCGCUGUCGGAACUCCACGAUGAACUCGACAAGGAGUCCAAGGGCCGGUUCCGGGUGGUGAACUUCUUAAGCCCGUCUGACGCCGCGCCUGACGCGGGUGUGAACGGAGACACGGUGCGGAGCGAGGCGAGUCUGCAUUCGUCCACCGGAGGUCUCAGCCACUUCUCGGACACGCACUCCAGCACGUAUUACCUGCGGACCUUCGGGCACAACACCAUCGACGCGGUGCCCAACAUCGACUUCUACCGGCAGACGGAAGCUCCGCUCGGGGAGAAGCUCCUGCGCCCGUCGCUGUCGGAACUCCACGAUGAACUCGACAAGAUACGAUGCAUGCUGAACAUCUGGGGAGUGAUGCUGUUCAUCCGGAUGUCGUGGAUCGUGGGUCAGGCGGGCAUCGCUCUGUCCUGCGCCGUCGUUCUCAUGGCUAUCGUGGUGACGUCCAUCACUGGACUCUCAACAUCAGCAAUCGCCACCAACGGCUUCGUGCGCGGAGGCGGGGCGUAUUACCUGAUCUCCAGGAGUUUGGGUCCAGAGUUUGGAGGAUCCAUCGGUCUGAUCUUUGCCUUUGCCAAUGCUGUCGCUGUGGCCAUGUAUGUUGUGGGUUUUGCAGAAACUGUCGUUGAACUUCUGGAUAGUAUAGACGCUCUCAUGACGGACGAGAUCAAUGACAUCAGGAUCGUCGGCACGCUUACAGCCGUCUUACUGCUGGGCAUCUCUGUCGCUGGAAUGGAGUGGGAGGCAAAGGCCCAGAUUGUGUUAAUGGUGAUUCUUGUGGCGGCUAUUUGCAACUACUUCAUCGGAUCCUUCAUCUCCUUGAAGUCAAAGGAACCUCAAGGCUUCUUCGGUUAUAACGAUCAGUGCUGGAGGAACGACUCCAAUGGCAAGUUCAUUCCAUUUCUAGAUCCGCAGUCAGCGAUUCCGAAAGGAACUCUCCUGGCGAUCCUCAUAACUGGAGUGGUUUACAUCGCUGUGGCCAUCUCGAACGGCUCGUGUAUCGUGCGGGACGCCACAGGCGAUGAUAACGACACCAUGGUGGGCUCGCUGGAGAACUGCACCGACGCCGCAUGCACGCUGGGAUACGACUUUUCCAUCUGCAAAGAGGGCGGCUGCAAGUACGGCCUUCUGAACGACUUCCAGGUGAUGAGUUUGGUGUCUGGCUUUGGGCCACUGAUUACAGCUGGGAUCUUCUCUGCCACUCUCUCAUCGGCGCUGGCGUCUCUGGUCAGCGCUCCCAAAGUCUUCCAGGCCUUGUGUAAGGAUAAAAUCUACCCUGGAAUGCAUGUGUUUGCCAAAGGAUACGGGAAGAACAAAGAGCCUCUGCGUGCUUACGUCCUCACCUUCAUCAUCGGCCUGGCCUUCAUCCUGAUCGCUGAGUUGAACAUCAUCGCUCCCAUCAUUUCCAACUUCUUCUUGGCCUCUUACGCCUUGAUAAAUUUCUCUGUUUUCCACGCGUCGAUGGCGAACUCCCCAGGGUGGCGUCCGAGUUUCAAAUACUAUAACAAGUGGGUGUCGUUAGCCGGAGCUGUGCUGUGCUGCGUGGUGAUGUUCGUGAUCAACUGGUGGGCGGCGCUGCUCACAAACGUCAUCGUCCUGGCGCUCUACAUCUACGUCAGCUACAAGAAACCAGAUGUCAACUGGGGUUCGUCAACACAAGCGCUAAUGUACAAUAAGGCACUAACGCACAGUCUGCAUCUCACGGGGGUUGAGGACCAUAUCAAGAACUUCAGGCCUCAGUGUCUCGUAAUGUCCGGAUACCCAAACUCAAGACCGGCGCUGCUGUAUCUAGUGCACGCCUUCACCAAAAACGUGGGCUUGAUGGUCUGUGGCCAUGUGCGCACGGGAUUCCGUAGGCCGAACUAUAAGGACAUGAUGAACGAGCAGGUCCGCUAUCAGCGCUGGCUCCUGAAGACACAAAUCAAAGCCUUUUACACUCCUGUGUUUGCUGAUGAUCUCAGACAAGGAGCCCAGUAUCUCCUACAGACCACUGGUUUGGGUCGCCUAAAACCCAACACACUGGUGUUUGGCUUUAAGAACAACUGGAGGGACGGUGAGAUGAAGGAUGUGGAAACCUACAUCAACACCAUCCAUGACGCGUUUGACCUGCAGUUCGGGGUGGUUCUCUUGAGACUGAAGGAAGGUCUCGACAUCUCUCACAUUCAAGAUGAAAUUCUGACCUCGCAGGUGAAAGCUCCUGGAAUGAAGGAUCUCUUGGUGUCCAUCAACAUCAAAGACUUUGACAGCGAUUCCUCAAAACCGUCAUCUAAAUCCACCAGCUGCCAAAGCAGCCCACUCAUCUUCAGAGACACCAAGAAGCUUCCGAUGCAGCUCAGUCCUGCGGACGAGAAGCUUCUGACCGCUAGUCAACAGUUCCAGAAGAAACAGAGCAAAGGAACCAUUGAUGUUUGGUGGCUGUUUGACGACGGAGGCUUGACUCUUUUGAUACCGUAUUUGCUAACCAACAAAAAUAAAUGGCGCGACUGCAAGAUCCGCGUGUUCAUUGGAGGAAAGAUCAACAGGAUCGACCACGACCGCAGAGCAAUGGCGGCGUUGCUCAGUAAGUUCAGGAUUGACUUCUCUGACAUCACUGUUCUUGGAGACAUCAACAUUAAGCCAAAGAAGCACAACAAGAAGAUGUUUGAGGAGAUGAUCGAGCCGUACAGACUGAAGGAGGACGACAUGGAGCAAGAAGCCGCUGAGAAACUGAAGGCUGAAGAACCCUGGAGGAUCACAGAUAAUGAGCUGGAGCUCUACAGGGCCAAGUCGAAUCGCCAGAUCAGACUGAACGAGCUUCUGAAGGAACACUCGAGCACAGCCAACCUCAUUGUCAUAACCAUGCCGCUCGCCAGGAAGGGGACGGUGUCCAGCGCUCUUUACAUGACCUGGCUGGACACGUUAACUAAAGAUCUGCCACCAAUACUUCUUGUCCGAGGAAACCAUCAGAGUGUUCUGACCUUCUACUCGUGAAGAGAACGCGACGUGACUGUGUUACAAUCAGUACAUCCGUAUAUUGACCAGAUUUGUUCGCUGUUGCCAAAUCGACUUACAGUAUAUUUAAUAUAUUGAGCUGAAAUAACCAAUGCUACAGAAAAGUUUACUAGUAGAUAUUUUUAAUGUAACAACACUUACCUCUAAAAGAGCAGAUACAAUGUGACCCUGCAGCACAGAAGCAGUGUUAAGUCGCUGGGGGAUAUUUGUAGCAA